UCUCCCUCACAGUUGCUGCCCUCAGGCUUCUCAAUGCCUCACCGUAGCUACUACGACAGGAUGCCCAAUAAUGAGGUGGAACAGACAUAUAAACAAUACAUUAAGGACACAGUGAAGCUUUUUGAUGCAACUGGACCAGACGCUCUUGAAUUUGCAGCACACCUCUACCAUUACGAGAGCCGCAUUGCUGAGAUCACACCUCCAGAGAGCGUUCUGAAGGACCCACAGGCUUCUAACAAUCUAAUAUCCAUUGGUGAACUUUCCCAGAUUGCUCGAAGUGUUCCCUGGCUUGCUCUCCUCCGACAAAUGUUUCCAAAUAGUAAAUUGGAUCACAGAACUGAUGUGCUGGUGGUCUCUCGAGAGUACUUCAGUGAUGUCUCCGAGCUCAUAUCAACAACUGAUAGAAAGUACAGUACAACUCAUUGUAUUCAUUUAUUAGUCUUGUGUAAGCAAGGUUCUUGAGUGAGUGAAGUAAUG